AUGCAGGUCGUCGAUCUUUCUCAUCCUCUCAAACCUGGAAUGCAGGUGUAUCCAGGAGAUCCUGAAUUCGCCGUGUCUAGUGUUGCUGCUAUCGAGAAAGACGGCUACGCAGUCUGUGCUUUAUCCCUCGGCUCCCACACCGGCACACACGUCGAUGCUCCAGCCCAUUUUUUCGCCGACGGCCUCACCAUCGAGCAAAUCCCGAUCGGAAUGUUCAUCGGCCCCGCGUUGGUCGUCGAUCUAACUCACAAAGCGGCGCGCGAAGAGAUCAAGUGGGAGGAUCUUGUUCAAUAUGCUCCGCGGAUGAAGCAGGGGACGUUGUUGCUCCUUCGCACGGGCUGGUCACGGCAUUGGGGCACACCCGAGUACUUUGAUCAUCCCUACCUGUCGCACGCUGCAGCAGAGAAAGUGAUCGAAUGCGGUGUGCGUCUCAUUGGCGUGGAUAGCUUGAAUCCUGACGAGACCCGUUCCGACGACACGGGCGUUUUCGGAGUGCAUGAGGUUGUCCUCGGCGCUGGAGGAAUCAUUGCUGAGAAUCUGACGAACCUGGAGCUUCUGCAGGACGGAGACUACGUAGUACAUUUGGUACCACUCAGCAUCAGCGCGAGUGACGGGUCUCCCGUUCGUGCAUUCGCAACAAAAGUGACAUGA